GAGCUGGAAGGGUGGGGGCGGGGAGAGCCGAAGACACCCCCCCAAGGCCCCCAGGCAUGGCCAAUUCGUGCGCUGUUCAGGUGAAACUGGAGCUUGGCCAUCGAGCCCAGGUGAGGAAGAAACCCACCGUGGAAGGUUUUACUCACGACUGGAUGGUAUUUGUUAGAGGACCCGAGCAUAGUAACAUUCAGCACUUUGUGGAGAAAGUCGUCUUUCACUUGCAUGACAGCUUCCCCAGGCCAAAAAGAGUGUGCAAAGAUCCACCGUACAAAGUUGAAGAAUCUGGGUAUGCUGGGUUUAUUUUGCCAAUAGAGGUUUACUUCAAGAACAAGGAAGAACCGAAGAAAGUCCGCUUUGACUAUGAUCUGUUCCUGCAUCUGGAAGGACACCCACCUGUAAACCAUCUUCGCUGUGAAAAGCUUACUUUCAACAACCCAACAGAGGAGUUCAGAAGAAAGCUGCUUAAAGCUGGCGGGAUCAUGGUUAUGUCAGAUGGAACAUCAGUUGCUUCAGGGCAAAGUCUUCAUCUCCCUAAUCUUCCUACUAAUUCCCUGUCUUUUUCUGAAGUGAAGAAAAAAUCAUCUCAUGGGCCAAAGGAGCUGAGCAAGAGUGUGAGCACUAGCAGCAGCAGCAGUAGUAGUAACAAUUUUUCAAAGCCCCAUAAAUUAUCAAAGGAGCACAAGGAAAAAUCUUCAAAAGACUCAAAAGAACAUAAAAGUGCCUUCAAAGAACCUUCCAGGGAACACAACAAAUCUUCCAAAGAAUCCUCUAAAAAACCCAAAGAAAAUAAACCACUAAAGGAUGAAAAAAUUGUUCCUAAGAUGGCCUUCAAAGAGCCCAAGCCUAUGUCAAAGGAGCCAAAAUCAGAAAACAACAUACUGACCCUAAGUGGUGGACAGCAACAAGAAAAGAAGGCUGCCUCCAAAAGGCCUCCCGGUCUGGAUUCUGAGGACCUUGCCGCCAAAAAGAAGAAGCGAAGUGCAUCGGAGGCUUUAUUUAAAAGUUUUUCUAGCGCUCCCCCACUGAUACUUACUUGCUCCAGUGUGGAGAAAAAACAGACAAAAGACAAAUCUCAGUUUAAAAUUGGGAGAGUUAAAAUGGAAAGUGAGCCGCUGGAGAAAAAGAAAAACACAUUACCCCCUUUCAAUGAUAUUGUGGACCCUAAUGACUCCGAUAUGGAGGAGAACGUGUCUUCGAAGUCAGAAUCCGAGCAACCCAGCCCCGCAAGUUCAAGUUCCAGCUCUAGCUCCAGUUUCACACCGUCUCAGAACAACCGGCAGCAAGGUCCUUUGAGGUCUAUAAUGAAAGAUCUGCAUUCUGAUGAUAAUGAAGAUGAAUCUGAUGAAGCAGAUGAGAAUGACAAUGACUCUGAGAUGGAGAGACCUAUAAAUACUCAUGGUGGAAGUAGAGUGCGCAGGGUUAGUUUAAGUGACGGAAGUGACAGUGAUAGCAGUUCUGCUUCUUCACCUCUACACCAUGAUCCUCCACCUUUAUUAAAAACCAACAAUAACCAGAUUCUGGAAGUAAAGAGUCCUAUAAAACAAAGUAAAUCUGAAAAACAGAUAAAGAAUGGUGAUUGUGAUAAGGCAUAUCUUGAUGAAUUAGUUGAACUUCACAGAAGGUUAAUGACUCUAAGAGAAAGACAUAUACUGCAACAGAUUGUAAAUCUUAUAGAAGAAACAGGACAUUUUCACAUCACAAACACUACCUUUGACUUUGAUCUUUGCUCACUGGACAAAACCACAGUUAGAAAAUUACAGAGUUACCUGGAAACAUCUGGAGCAUCCUGAGGACAUCAGUUGUAGUUGCAUCAAAAACUGCUGUUGUUUUUUUUUUAAUCUGAAAAAGAAAAAUAAAACAUUCAGAAUGAUGCAGCCAGGGUGCAAAAACCCCAACAGCUCUCUUCAGCUUUAUUUUAUUUUUUUUGUUAAAGCCAGUUCAUCAUCUCUUGAUAAAGGAGAAGAAUAAUGACAAGCCUCAGCGAAUUGCUCUUCUCACCAAGGAAAUGCUCUGGAAGAGUUAGCCUGGAUAGCCUUGAAAAAAAAAACACUUAAUGAAUGUGUAUGGUAUCAUGUGUCUCUCUCUGUGGUACUCCAGGCCACAAGAUAAAUGCAUGUUCAACACACUGCCUUAUUACAUAACUGAUCUAUUUAUUACUGCAUAUGCAUAUUCUGACGUCCUUGAGGGAAUGACACUACCAGACACUACAAUGUCCUGUGUCUCACAGAUGCUCCUUGGAUCCAGCACACCACCAUCACGGGUCUUCUGACCUUACUCUUGCUUUGAUGCCACUUUGUCUCGACCUUUUUGCUAGUACGGUGUGAAAACCCCCUGCAUUGUUUGGUUUCAGUUUCUGUGGUUCCUGAAAAUAAGAUACUAGUUGUGGGGUAAGGCAGAAAAAUCUCCUAUCCAUCUUUUAAAAA